AACACUCUGCCAAUACCCAGUCUGACUGCUACCCAUAAGGCUAUAGGGCUGUUUUGGGGGGUGUGUGACGGGGAGGGACAGGAAAGGGGACGCUCUACACGGCUAACCACGUGAGCACUUAGGGGAAAUGCACAACAUAUGUAACUCUGUUUUAUAACAGGAUCACACAAGGGUUGGAUUAGGAGUCUAAGAAGAAGAAGAGAAUGAGAGAAAUAGGUGGAACAAAAGAGCAUAUAAGCAUGCUGGAGGAGGGGAAGGUCGAGGAGCUGAUUAAGGCCAGGAGAAGAACCACAUGCUGGAUUAGGAAGAAACAUGUUCGAGUGGGACUAGCAGAAACUCUCAGCACGUUUGUCAUGAUGGUGUUUGGUCUAGGUUCUGUUGCUCAAGUGGUCACAGGAGGUGGGGUUUUUGGAGAUUACCUGAGCAUUAAUCUGGGUUUUGGUCUUGGUGUAGCAAUGGGGGUGCAUGCUGGUGGGAAAGUGUCAGGUGCUCACAUGAACGCAGCAGUGACGUUUACCAUGUGCGUAGUCGGCCGUCUGAGCUGGAAGAUGCUUCCACUCUAUGUAGUUUCACAACUUCUGGGCUCCUUUAUCGCUGCGGGAACAGUUUUCACCCUGUACUACGAUGCCAUAUACCACUUCAGUGAAGGAAACUUAACAGUGUUUGGCCCCAAAGCAACAGCGGGGAUCUUUGCCACUUAUCCAGCUCCUUAUCUCUCAAUACAAGCUGGAUUUUUGGACCAGGUGCUUGGUACUGCCAUGCUGUUGCUAUGUCUGAUGGCUCUGGCAGAUAAAAGGAACCAGCCUGCCCCCACUGGUGGAGAGCCUGUGGCUGUUGGGGCUCUUGUAUUGCUGAUUGGAGUUUCCAUGGGCAGCAACAGUGGCUAUGCCAUCAAUCCCACCCGAGACCUGGGGCCAAGAGUCUUUACAGCAAUUGCAGGCUGGGGAUUAGAGGGCAGGCAGAUGUUGGUGGUGGGUGCCCUUGGUGGCACCAUUAGUCGGUGGAGUGACUGGAGCUUUGAUAUAUAAAGCAUGUGUGGAGUUGUUCCAUCCCAAACAUAAGGAUAGAAAACCUGAGCACAAUGGACUAUCAGAGAGCAUAGCGCUGGAUCAAUGCAAGAAUGACAACACAGAUGAGUGUGUGAACUGUUAACAAGACGAGUACCGCUUGAAUCAUGAAGACAAGAGAGAGGAGCCAAAGAAAAAAAAAAUCUAUUUUCACAGUGAGGCCAGUCUAAUAGUAAAGAAGCGAUAAAAUCUGCU